AGUGCCGAUAACAUUGUCGUUUUCCUUCUUAUAUCCUAACUUGCCUUGGAUUUCAGGAAUAUACGCAACUGAGUUUUUGUCCUCUUCCUCUGUUUCAGACUAUUGAUCACAGCUGUUCUUUCUCAUGCUUUACUCUGAAAGACUGAAAGUUGUUAAGUAACUGUUGCUUUGUCUGCAAUGGAGAAAAACUGAAAAGAGUUUGGUGAUGAAGGGAAGAACAACCAACAAUGUUCAGACGAACCAAUCUACGAAGAAUGGGAAAAGAGAUCAAAAGCUACAGAAGAUGAACAGUGCUAAAAAAUCGUCAGGGCAAGAAAGACUCAAGCCUUUGGAUGAAGCUAAAGUCUCUGAAGUAGUAAGUGAUGUUAUAACACAGUCAAAUCAGGAAAAUAAAGAUGUUACGAAUGGGUCGUCAGGUCAUUAUCAAGAGUCCGAGACUAGUGUAAUUGAAGAGAAAACCAAGAAAGAAGAGAGUGCAAAUGGCUCUGUUUGUGGUUUUGUGAAAGAUGAUGAGGAAGAAAUAAAGGAGUAUGAUACUACUACUAAUUCAAAAACAGAUUCUGUUCCCCUUUCGGAAACUUGUGAAGGUGUCAGAGAGGCUCAUUUGGCUAAAGAAGUCGAAGAUUGGGAAGAUACUUCAAAUGGUGGCAUUAGCUGCGGAAGUGAGAACGAGGCAGGUGAGGAUGAAGAAGUUCUGAAACAGAAGGUUGAGAGUUUGGAGACAAGAAUUGAGAAACUCGAAGAAGAGCUAAGAGAAGUUGCAUCUCUUGAGAUUUCACUCUAUUCGGUUGCACCAGAACACUCUAGCUCAGCUCACAAGCUUCACACCCCUGCUCGAAGAAUUUCAAGACUCUAUAUUCAUGCUUGUAAACAUUGGAGUCAAGGAAAGCGAGCUACCGUCGCUAGAAACUCGGUGUCUGGUCUCAUUUUAGCUGCUAAAUCUUGCGGAAAUGAUGUUUCGAGGUUGACCUUCUGGUUAUCGAACAUCAUUACUCUGAGAGAGAUCAUUUUGCAGGCAUUUGGUAAAGCUAGUGUUCCUAGUCAUUUCACAGAGACCUCUAAAUCAAAUGCGAGUGAACAAAUUGCUUUAGGGAAGCCAAGAAGGAAGAAGAACCAAUGGAAUAAGCAGUCAAAUGGUUUCAAGCAGGUUUUCGAAGAUUGGAAAGAAAUGGAAACCUUCACUUCUGCAUUAGAGAAAGUAGAAUUCUGGAUUUUCUCUAGAAUCAUUGAAUCUGUUUGGUGGCAGGUCUUCACUCCUCACAUGCAAUCACCGGAAAUUGGCGGUAAAACGAUUGAGAAACUAAUGGGACCUGUCUUGGGAGAUCAUGUUCAAGGAAGUUAUUCAAUCAACUUAUGGAAAAACGCUUUCAAAGUUUCUCUAUCCUGGCUCUGUCCAAUGCGUGGAGCAGGGCAUGAGUGCGGUUGCUUACCUAUCUUGGCUAAAAUGGUGAUGGAGAAGUGUAUAGCUCGAAUUGAUGUAGCCAUGUUCAAUGCAAUUCUGCGUGAGUCAGAGCAUCAGAUUCCCACGGAUCCCGUCUCUGAUCCUAUCCUAGAUUCUCAAGUUCUGCCUAUCCUUGCUGGAGACUUGAGUUUUGGAUCCGGGGCACAGCUUAAAAACUCGAUUGGAAAUUGGUCAAGAUGCCUCGCUGAAAUGUUCUCCAUAAACACUGGAGAUUCAGUAGAAGAAAAUGAUCCCAUAGAUAGCGAGAAAUGCUUCAGUUUGCUAAAUGAACUUAGUGAUCUACUUAUGCUUCCAAAAGAUAUGUUAAUGGAACAAUCCAUCAGAGAAGAGGUAUGCCCAUCAAUAAGUCUUCCGUUGAUAAAAAGAAUACUCUGCAACUUUACACCUGAUGAGUUCUGUCCUGAUGGUGUCCCUGGAGCUGUCCUAGAAGAGCUUAACGCCGAGGGCAUGUCGAAGCAGAAGUUAUCAGGAGUUAGCUUCCCUUAUGCGGCUCCUCCUGUUUCUUACAUUCCUCCAUCAUCAAUCAAUGUAGCAGAGAAAGUUGAAGAGGUAGAAGGAGACAUCUCUAGGAUGUCGAGGAAUGCGUCGAUGAUACAAAGAAAAGGAUACACGAGCGAUGAAGAGCUGGAGGAAUUAGAUUCUCCUCUUACAUCUAUCAUUGAAAACGUAUCGCUGCCACCAAUUUUAACACAGAACAGUAAUGUGAAGCAGCAAGUUGAGCAAAUAGGUGCAGUGGUUACAAAUGCAAGAUAUGAGCUACUUAGGGAAGUGUGGUCUAUGUGAGUGAUUGGAAGCCAAAUAUCGAGCUCUUUAGGGAAAACUCAUUGUCACCAUCUACUGAAACAAACCAAGUCUUGUCGAAUUUACAUGUAGCCGUAAGUAUUUGAUCCGAUGAAUAUGCCCCCUAGCGAAUUGUAUUUAGCCUUUAGCUACCUUUUUCAUGGAAAUGUUCUUUUGUUCCUUUGUUGUUGCCCCUCCUUAAGAAACCAUCAAAAUUCUAGUAAUGUUUUUCUUCUGACAA